UCACCAUCACCACCAUCACCACCAUCACCACCAUCACCACCACCAUCAUCACCACCAUCACCACCACCAUCACCACCAUCACCACCAUCACCACCAUCACCAUCACCACCAUCACCACCAUCACCAUCACCAUCACCACCAUCACCAUCACCACCAUCACCACCACCAUCACCACCACCAUCACCACCAUCACCAUCACCACCAUCACCACCAUCACCACCAACACCAUCACCACCAUCACCACCAUCACCAUCACCACCACCACCAUCACCACCAUCACCACCGUCACCACCAUCACCAUCACCACCAUCACCACCAUCACCAACACCACCAUCACCAUCACCACCAUCACCAUCACCAUCACCAUCACCAUCACCAUCACCACCAUCACCAUCACCACCAUCACCACCAUCACCACCACCAUCAUCACCACCAUCACCACCACCAUCACCACCAUCACCACCAUCACCACCAUCACCAUCACCACCACCAUCACCAUCACCACCGUCACCACCAUCACCAUCACCACCGUCACCAUCACCACCAUCACCAUCACCACCAUCACCACCAUCACCACCAUCACCAUCACCACCACCACCAUCACCAUCACCACCAUCACCACCACCAUCACCACCACCAGCAUCACCACCAUCACCAUCACCACCAUCACCACCACCACCAUCACCACCAUCACCACCACCAUCACCAUCACCACCAUCACCACCAUCACCACCACCAUCACCACCAUCACCACCACCAUCACCACCAUCACCAUCACCACCAUCACCACCAUCACCAUCACCACCAUCACCACCAUCACCAUCACCACCAUCACCACCAUCACCACCACCAUCACCACCAUCACCACCAUCACCACCAUCACCACCACCAUCACCAUCACCACCAUCACCACCAUCACCAUCACCACCAUCACCACCAUCACCAUCACCACCAUCACCACCAUCACCACCACCAUCACCACCAUCACCACCAUCACCACCACCAUCACCACCAUCACCAUCACCACCAUCACCACCAUCACCAUCACCAUCACCACCAUCACCACCAUCACCAUCACCACCAUCACCACCAUCACCACCACCAUCACCACCACCAUCACCACCAUCACCACCAUCACCAUCACCACCAUCACCACCAUCACCACCAUCACCAUCACCACCAUCACCAUCACCACCAUCACCAUCACCACCACCAUCACCAUCACCAUCACCACCAUCACCA